CGGUGGGAGCCGAGGCGCCGGAGCAAGAUGGCGGCUCGAGUGCUGCGCGCCCGCGGAGCGGCCUCGGCCACAGGCCUCCUGCAGCAGGCGGCCCCGCGCAGCCUCCUACCCAGGCUCCGGAGGUUGACAUCUUCCAAUAACAGACCUCGAGAAGACAGCUGGUUAAAAUCCUUGUUUGUCCGGAAAGUUGAUCCAAGAAAAGAUGCUCACUCUAAUCUCCUAGCCAAAAAGGAAACAAGCAGUCUAUACAAGUUACAGUUUCACAACGUUAAACCAGAAUGCCUAGAUGCGUACAACAAAAUUUGUCAAGAGGUAUUGCCAAAGAUUCAUGAAGAUAAACAUUACCCUUGCACUUUGGUGGGGACUUGGAAUACGUGGUAUGGCGAGCAGGAUCAAGCUGUCCACCUCUGGAGGUAUGAAGGAGGCUACCCAGCACUCACAGAGGUCAUGAAUAAGCUCAGAGAAAAUCAGGAAUUUGUGAGCUUCCGCAAGGCAAGAAGUGACAUGCUGCUGUCUAGGAAGAAUCAGCUGCUGUUGGAAUUCAGUUUCUGGAAUGAGCCUGUCCCACGGUCAGGACCCAAUAUAUAUGAACUCAGGUCUUACCAACUCCGACCAGGAACCAUGAUUGAAUGGGGCAAUUACUGGGCUCGUGCAAUUCGCUUCAGACAGGACGGUAACGAAGCCGUUGGCGGCUUCUUCUCUCAGAUUGGGCAGCUAUACAUGGUGCAUCACCUCUGGGCUUACAAGGACCUUCAGACCAGGGAAGACAUACGGAAUGCUGCCUGGCAUAAACACGGCUGGGAGGAAUUGGUGUACUACACAGUCCCACUCAUUCAGGAAAUGGAAUCGAGAAUCAUGAUCCCGCUAAAGACCUCGCCCCUGCAGUGAGGCUGGAGAAGUCAUAUGUGCCCGCACCCAUUCACGUGACAAGUACUUGUCGUAAAAUCAUUUUAAUUGUAUGUCAAGUGAGAAAAGAGACGCUGAUGUGUCCGCUGCUGUAUAUAGCUUCUGAGAGACCUCUUUUCUUUGAAAUUGACAGGAUGGCAAGAAAGGAAACUUGCAGUUGGGCUGCUUGUUAGCCAUGCUCUGCAGCCAUCUUCGAAACCCCGGGGGUGAUCAGACCUCCCUGAUAACACUUUGCCACCUCUCCCCACCCUCCAGGAAAAGAGGGUCCAGAUUGAAACUUUAUCAUCUCUAAAAGACCCCAACCAUGAAAAAAAAAGUCAGCCAUUUCUUUAUAAAAAGCAAAUCUGUUUUAUAAUCACAGAUUUUUAGAAAAUUUCUUGUAUCAGGAAGAAAUGCAAAUUUUGUCAUGCGUCUCCAGUGGUUUUUCUGAAUCUCAGACUAAGAGCAAAUUGUGAGUGUACCCAGUACCUGAAAAUGUUCUGAUUCCCUCUUAUUUGCAAUUAGUCAGCAUAGUAAGCCGUGUCAGAACGAAGCUGGCAGCGGUGGGCAAGGGAUAUUUAAUCAGUAAUUCAGUGUGUCGUGAUGUCUCUGUGUGAGAGGCAAAAUAUGGCGUGAACAUGUAUAUCAUUUGUGACUUUGAAAUGAACACCUUGAAUAGCACUAAUUUUUUAUUUGUAAUAUUUUUCUAUAACAAAACAAGUAGCACUAGGAAAAGAGGUUUUAUUUGUGACCUCAGAUAUCCUCUGGUUACUAUUUUAAUAAAUGCACAGCAGAUACUUCCAAAAUCAUGUAUGAAGGGUGGUGCAUGUUGGGAUUGAAAUCGGCCUAAUGCUGCAUUUUCUGUCUAGCUCUGUUUGAUUUACUUUUCUGACAGUGUGCCAGUGUCGUGGCUGUAAUCAUGUGAAAGUUCUGUUGAAAUGAAAAACUAUAUCUGCCCACAAAUUACAGAAUUUAUAUGUAAAAUAAAAGUGUGAGUAAAUCUCAUAUUAAAUGUCAAACUUUUACAUGUGUAUGGUUUUCUCCAAGAACGUAUAAAAGUCAAUAAAAUCCACUUAAUUUUC